AUGUCAGACGAAAUUGAUAUCCCUGGGACCGUCCACCUCGUCGAUGUGGACCAUACGAUGCAAACUCGCCAUGCGAGUAAGAAUCAAGAUAUCGUUCUGGAUCCGACACCAUCUAGCGACCCGAACGAUCCCCUCAACUGGUCCCCGCGCCGUAAACUAUUGUCGCUGAUCUGCCAGAAUCUGUAUACUUGGUUUACUGGUAUUGCAGUGUCGACCGUUUACUCCGUUCUUGUUCCUCUCUCGGAGGCAACCGGAGUGUCUACCGAUACCUUGAACCAAGGAACAGGGUACAUGUUUUUGUUUCUGGGCUGGAGUUUGCUAUUUUGGCAGCCAUUUUCUUUGCGAUACGGCAAACGCCUCACUUUUCUGAUUUCUAUCCUUGGAGGAAUUGGUACGUCAAUUUGGAGUGCAUACGUUAAGACCAACGGCGAAUGGAUAGCCAAGUGCAUAUUGAUGGGCUUCUUCAUUUCACCAAUCGAAGCUCUUCCGGAACUCUGCGUCACUGAUUUGUAUUUUACACAUGAACGAGGUACAUAUAUGGGCAUUUAUGCCUUGACACUGGCAGGUAGCAAUUACUUUGCUCCCGUGAUAUGUGGAUUCAUCGCUGAGUACCAGGGAUGGAGAUGGGUAUUCUACUGGCCCGCUAUCUUUCUAGGGGCAACUUUUAUCUUUUUAGUCUUUUUCAUGGAAGAGACCAACUUCGAUCGCAACCAAGUAGCAGUGUUUCUAGAAGAACAUGCGACCAGAGAAAAAUCAACCUCAACCCCUCGAGUGACCGAAGAAGGACAAGUCGACAUUCAGCCAAAGUCAUUCGUUGCAAAAACUUCACUUGUGCAAUUCAAUCCGGGACAAAACAUGUUCAAACAUGCACUCCAGAGCCUGAAAUAUCUGGGAUGGCCGGUCAUCCUCUACGCAGGAUUUUCAUACGGGUCGUAUCUAAUCUGGUUCAACGUUCUCAACGCAACAGCCUCCAUUAUUCUCUCAGCUGCUCCAUACAAUUUCUCAUCUUCAAUAGUUGGACUUAGCUAUUUGUCAUGCUGUAUUGGCGUCGUCAUUGCAUCCCUUAUUUCUGGUAGGUUGAGUGAUUGGCUGACCAUCAAGCUUGCGCGCCGUAACAAUGGCAUUAUGGAAGCCGAGCAUCGCUUGUGGCCAUUUGUGAUCUGUGUCAUCACAGUACCAGCGUCUCUCAUACUAUGGGGUGUUGGAGCUCAGCACGGUGUGCAUUGGUUUGGACUGAUAUUUGGAAUGGGAUCCCUUGCCUUUACAUCGACAAUGGGCAUUACUUUGAGCGUCAACUAUCUCAUUGACAGUUAUCAUGAUAUCAGCACUGAUGGAAUUGUGACUGUUAUUCUUGUUCGUAAUACGAUGUCAUUUGCCAUCUCAUAUGGAAUCACACCAUGGUUAACAAAUCUUGGAUAUCAAAACUGCUUCAUCUCGGCGGCUUUUAUCGGCAUGGCUGCCUCGUUAGUUUUCCUGGUGAUGAUCAAAUUUGGAAAACCUUUGAGGAUCAAAAGUGCUACUAAGUACUGGAUGAUGGUUAACCGUGAUAAAGCUCUUGAGCGCAAAUAA